AUGUCAUUCAGAGGAAACUCUGGCUUCAGUGGUAUACCCACAACCCACCAAGGGUACAAACAAAAUCCAUAUACGGCAUCGGCGGCGGGGAAAUCGUCGUCGCUGAAGAAGACGGUGAUGGACGAACUCGACAAGCUAUCCAAUAAGGUGGAUGAUUUGACUGAUCAUCCAGUGGUGCAAAAACUGAAACCUUACACUCCUGCAAUUUCUAGGUUCUUUAUUGUGGCCACGUUUUACGAGGACUCUUUUAGGAUCAUAUCUCAGUGGAGCGACCAGGUUUUUUUCUUGUGGAACUACAGACACCUGCCAUACUUCUUCGUGGUAUUGUUCCUGCUUGCCGUGGUACUUUCCAUGACGGUGGGUGCCACAAUGCUUAUUUUGCGUAAGCGUACGAUUGUCGCCACUGGCGUGUUGUGCGCCUGCAUCGUGUUGCAAGGCCUCGUGUAUGGAUUAUACGGUGGGUCCUUUGUGCUGCGUAACGUUAGUGUGAUUGGUGGUCUGCUCAUUGCAUUCAGCGACUCGAUCGUGCAAAGCAAAACGACUUUUGGUAUGCUACCUGAGCUCCACAACAAGGACGGCAAGACGAAGGGCUUUCUCUUGCUGAUGGGACGUCUACUGCUGGUGGUGCUGUUCGUCACAUUCACCUUUACCAAAAACUGGCUCACUGUCUUAUUGGUGAUCAUCGGAACGAUUUGCAUUUCCGUGGGUUUCAAGACCAAGCUGGCAUCCAUUCUCUUGGGGCUGAUUUUGGCCUUCUACAACAUCACCGUCAACAACUAUUGGUUCUACGAUAGUGGUAAGAGGGAUCUAUUGAAAUACGAAUACUUUCAGAACCUCAGCAUCAUUGGAGGCCUCCUCCUAGUGGUCUCCACAGGCGCCGGCGAGUUAUCAAUCGACGAGAAAAAGAAGAUAUAUUGA